ACUUGAGCAGAAGAAGAAAUAUGGAGGUGGUUGCGACAAAACAUACUAGUGUGGUGUUUAUAGAAAUGUUAUAUACAAUUAAGAGAGUCGAACCCAUUCAAAAAAGAGUUGAUGCGGAACAUGUUCUCUCAAAAGAAGUGUUUGUAGCUGAGGUACGAGAAAUGACUCAACGAUGGAGUGAAGAAAUAUUGGAAAAUUUAUUGUUACGAGAAUGUGAAUGGAGUAGUCAUUUAUCUCAAACUUUUAUUAUACCAAAGCCCAAAAAAUUAAUUAUGAAAAUGGAUUUUGAAAUGGCUGAUCCUAGUUUAGGUACCGAUGUGACGGGGCUUGGAAGAACAAGACUUAGAGAGGAGGAUUUAUGAUGUUUAGAGCGUGUUGUUACACCAAGAUUAAUAAUAUAUGAUGUUUCAUUCAUUAAAAAGA